ACAUUAUCGUCGUUGGAGGGAAAAGUAGCGAUUGUGACGGGCGGCGCGAGAGGAAUUGGCGAGGCAACAGUGAGACUCUUCGCCAAACACGGAGCCAAAGUAGUCAUCGCCGACAUCGACGACGCCAACGGCACUAUUUUAGCCGAAUCAUUAUCUCCAUUAGCAGUCUACGUACACUGCGACGUGACCUCAGAAGACGACAUCCAAAACCUUAUCAACUCGACCAUUUCCCACCACGGCCGGCUAGACAUUCUCUUCAACAACGCCGGAGUUCUCGGAAACCAGAUCAAAUCAACAAGGAGCAUCCUCGAUCUCGACGCCGACGAGCUUGACCGGAUCAUGCGGCUCAACGUCCGAGGAACCGCCCUGGGUAUGAAGCACGCGGCUAGGGUUAUGGUCCCACGGAGAAGCGGCUGCAUCAUUUCAACGGCGAGCGUCGCCGGCGUCAUGGGAGGCCUUGGGCCGCAUGCUUACACCGCGUCAAAGCACGCCGUGGUGGGGCUGACAAAAAAUGCGGCCUGCGAGCUCGGCCGGUAUGGGAUUAGGGUUAACUGCAUUUCUCCCUUUGGGGUGGCGACUUCCAUGUUGAUAAAUGCAUGGAGGAGUUAUGAUAAUGAUGAUUUUGAUAGGGACGUGGAUUUAGGAAUACCGUCUGAUAAAGAAGAAAAUAAAGUGGAGAAGAUGGAAGAGUUCGUGAGAGGCCUGGCCAAUCUGAAGGGUGCAACUCUCAAAGCUCAAGAUAUAGCGGAGGCUGCUCUUUAUCUUGCAAGUGAUGAAUCAAAGUAUGUGAGUGGUCAUAACCUUGUUGUUGAUGGUGGGUAUACUUCCUCAAAAAAUUGCGGGGUUUUGUAA